AAGGUAAAUAUUUCUAGGGUUUUGAGAUGGCGGCUCAGGUUCAAGUUCAACCUCAGGCGGUGAGUGUUGGUGUUGGUGGUGCUGCUCCUGCUGGUGCUCAGCAGUUUGUGCCGACUUCAUUGUAUGUUGGGGAUCUGGAGUGGAAUGUGAUGGAUUCACAGCUGUAUGAUCUGUUUAACUGGUUAGGUCAAGUGGUUUCUGUUCGAGUUUGCAGGGACUUGUCGACUCGACGAUCGCUUGGUUAUGGCUAUGUCAACUAUGCGAAUCCUCAAGAUGCUGCAAGGGCAAUGGAGGUACUGAACUUCACACCUUUGAAUGGGAAGGCGAUCAGAAUAAUGUAUUCUCAUCGAGACCCAAGCGUACGCAAAAGUGGCUCUGGAAACAUAUUUAUCAAGGUAUUCAAAGCAGAAAAACCUUAA